UUAAAUUAAGGCAAUUAAUUAUAUUGUAAUAAAAUUAGUUUAAAUAACAUCAAGAUAACGUCAAAAUCUUUUAUGCCAGCAUUAACUAAACAAUAAUAACAACAAUAUAAUCACGUGAUCAAGUUCAAUGAUGAAGAAAAUAAAAAUAAAAACAGAAAAAAAAAAAUAUAUUUGACGCCAUUAGAUUAAAGUUUCCCUCUCUUAGUGAUGUAUCAUAUGUAUAUAGUGUGUGAGUCACAGGAAACAAAGUUUAUUAAUUAACUUCGUGUAAUUAAAUUUUUGUAUCGUUAGUUUUUGUUGGACAUUUUGUUAUUUGUACAUUGUAUGAACAAUACAAAUUGUACAUAUUAGCGCGAAUUUCAUUGACGCCAUUGGAAAACAAAUAUAAUAAUUAAGUGUCGACACUACCACCACCACUAUCACCACGAGUGAUCAACAUUCAACAGUCAUUUGUCAUUAAGAAAAAAAAACCUGUAGAUUGUUAAAAGCAAUAAAUUAAAUUGUUGACAAUAAGUUAAAUGAUAAAUAAUAAUAAUUUUAGUAAAUGUUAAAAAUUAUAAAUUUAUUGUUAAAGAAUAUUAUUGACAGAUGUUUAUUAUACAACGUUGAGAUAAAAUAGGUUUUUCUUUUUUUUGAUUUUAUCAUGCCUUUGGCAAAUGUAACUGUUCCUUGGAAUCAACAACAUGUAACUGACAAGCAAGGAACAGAAAUUUUACCAGCAGAAAUUCAAGAAGAUACAAUGAUUGCUCAUAGUUCAACAAAUAAUUCUAAUAAUAAUAAUAAAAAAAAAAAUAAUCAUCAAAAUGGUUCACAAAUUGAAUCACAUGAAAUUGAAUUAUGUGAACUUGUACGUGAUGGUCAUGAAAAAGCUGAUCCAAGUCAUUUUGAUUUAUUAAAAGUACUUGGACAGGGUUCAUUUGGUAAAGUAUUUCUUGUACGUAAAAUUGUUGGUAAAGAUAAAGGUACACUUUAUGCUAUGAAAGUAUUAAAAAAAGCAACAUUAAAAGUACGUGAUCGUGUUAGAACUAAAAUGGAAAGAAAUAUAUUAGUUGAUGUUGAACAUCCAUUUAUUGUACGUUUACAUUAUGCAUUUCAAACUGAAGGAAAAUUAUAUUUAAUACUUGAUUUUUUACGUGGUGGUGAUUUAUUUUCACGUUUAUCUAAAGAAGUUAUGUUUACUGAGGAAGAUGUUAAAUUUUAUUUAGCUGAAUUAGCACUUGCAUUGGAUCAUAUACAUAAUCUUGGAAUUAUUUAUCGUGAUUUAAAACCAGAAAAUAUUUUACUUGAUAGUAGUGGUCAUAUGUCACUGACUGAUUUUGGAUUAAGUAAACAACCACUUGAUGAUACAAAAACUUAUUCAUUUUGUGGUACUGUUGAAUACAUGGCACCAGAAGUUGUUAAUCGUCAUGGUCAUUCAUUUGCUGCUGAUUGGUGGAGUUUUGGUGUUCUUAUGUUUGAAAUGUUAACUGGUGCAUUACCAUUUCAAGGACAAAAUAGAAAAGAAACAAUGGAACAAAUAUUAAAAGCAAAACUUGGUAUGCCAUAUAAUAUAUCACCAGAUGCACAAUCAUUAUUACGUAUGUUAUUUAAAAGAAAUCCAGCAAAUAGACUUGGAACAAAUGGUAUUGAUGAAAUUAAAAAUCAUUUAUUUUUUUCAUCAAUUGAUUGGAAUGCAUUAUAUAAUAAACAAGUUAUACCACCAUUUAAACCAGCAGUUAGUCAAGAAGAUGAUGCAUUUUAUUUUGAUACUGAAUUUACAUGUAAAACACCAAAAGAUUCACCAGGUCUUCCACCAAGUGCAAAUGCACAUGAAUUAUUUCGUGGUUUUAGUUUUAUUGCACCUGGUUUACUUGAACAUAAUAAUAAUUCAUCUAUUAAAAAUAAUACAAAUGAAUUAUUAUGUUUAAAAAAUAUAAAUGAAAAUCUUGUAAAUACAUUUCCAACAUAUAUUAAUUUAAUACCAGUACGUGAUGAAUAUGAUUUUAAACAUGAAAUUGGACAUGGUAGUUUUAGUACUGUUUAUUUAGCAAUACAUAAAACAACUAAAACUGAAUAUGCUAUUAAAGUUAUUGAAAAAUCAAAACGUGAUCCAACUGAAGAAAUUGAAAUAUUAUUACGUUAUGGUAGACAUCCACAUAUUGUUACAUUACGUGCUGUUCAUGAAGAUGAAAAAUCAGCAUAUCUUGUAUUAGAAUUAUUAAAAGGUGGUGAAUUAUUAGAUCGUUUAGUUGAACGUAAAAAUUUUAGUGAAAGAGAAGCAUCUGAAGUAAUAUAUACAAUUGUUAGUGUUGUUUAUUAUUUACAUGAAAAUGGUGUUGUACAUCGUGAUUUAAAACCAUCAAAUAUAUUAUAUGGUAAACCUGGUGGUGAUCCAUCAACUUUAUGUAUAUGUGAUUUGGGUUUUGCAAAACAAUUGAGAGCUGAAAAUGGUUUAUUAAUGACACCAUGUUAUACAGCUAAUUUUGUUGCACCAGAAGUAUUAAAAAGACAAGGAUAUGAUGCUGCUUGUGAUAUUUGGAGUCUUGGUGUAUUAUUAUAUAUAAUGCUUGCUGGUUAUACACCAUUUUCAAAUAGUCCUGGUGAUAGUGCUAAUGAAAUAUUAGAUCGUAUUGGACCUGGUUAUGUUGAUGUUGAAACUGGUGUAUGGACAUGUAUAUCAAAUGAGGCUAAAGAACUUGUUAAAAGAAUGUUACAUAUUGAUCCUCAUAGAAGACCAAAUGCUGCUGCUAUAUUAAAAUAUCCAUGGAUUGCAAAUAGACAUCGUCUUCCACAAAAAAAUUUACCUGAAACAACAAGAGAUAUACAAAGUUUAAAGACGUCAGUUGCUGCAACUUACAAGGCCAUGUCAAAUAGCCCUGGAUUGCCUCAUAUUGGUCCAGUUGUCAUGUCUGAUUUGGCAAGACGUCGAACAAUGGCUAAACCAAAUCGCCCAACAAUAGUUUAAUUUAAAUAAAUAUCGAUUCUACGUGUGCCCAUAAUAUUCAAGUAUUUCAAAUAAUCAUUUUUUAUUCGUAUUCAUUCUAGUUGAAAGAAAAAUAUAAAAAAAACAAACACGCCAGUUCAAGAAUAACCAUAAGUGCAUUAACAAAAUCCAUUUAAAUGGCUCAUAAUCAUCAAAUAUUAACAAAUAGUAGUUUAAACAUUUUUUUUUUUUUUUUUAAUUUUAAUUUAUGUAUAUAAUAUACUUUACUUGUUAAUUUUCAAUGCAAGAAAAUUGAGCUGCUAUUUUCUGGCACUGUGCCAACGUAAUAUAUUAUAUUUGGUUAUUAUUUCUUAUUAGAUUUUGUUUUUUUUUUUUUAUGUUAAUAAUGAAUUAAUAAUUAUGCGUUUAGUCAUUCCACUGUCGUUAAAAGAAAACAAAAAUUAUUCAUGAUAGAGAGAUAGAUAAAAAUCUUGCCAAAGUUAAUUGAGAAAAUCCAGUUUUAAAAAACUGUUUAUUCUCCAAUUUGUUGCUGAAUCGAAAAAAAAAAAAAAACGUAAAAUAAUAUUAUAAAUUUAUUAUUUAUAUUUAAUUUUAUUCCAGUUAUUUUAUUUUUAAUUAUGCUUUUGCAAUUAAAAGGUUCGAUAAUAUAACUAAACAUUGUUAAAAAAUAAUAAAUUUUAAAAGUAAAAAGAAAACAUUCUAAAAAUUUAAAUAAUAUUCAAAAAAUAAAUAAAUUAAUAAAUAAUAAAGAUUAUAAACAUUUAAAAUAUAAUUAUAUUAAAUAUUAAAAAUUUUGUCAUUUAUGUAAUUCGUCGAAAAAAUACCUCGUUAGAUUUUUAAAAAAUGUAUACACAAUUAUUCAAGGCCUUAUGAAUGCCCAAGUCAAUGUUUAUUAAUUUAAUUAGAUAAAAAUAAUAACUGUAAUUGACUGAAUGGUUUGUAAAAUAUAUUCAUCGUGUCAAUAUAUUAUGUAAAAAAAUGAUUAACGAUAUUAAUUAACAUUAUCAAGCAUGUAUCUGAAUUAUAAACAAAAUAUAUGAAAAGAAUAUGAUUAUAUAUUUAAAUAUUGUCUGGAAAUAAAUAAAACAAGCAAAAAAAUGACAUUAUAUAAAUUUG